GACGUAACAAACAAAUCCCUAACUACGCUAAUCGCCUUUCACUCGAUAUACAGUGCCAACACGCAGUGAAGUCGGUCGGGUAUUGGUAAUCGGAGUUUAUCAAUUUAAAAAACAUUAAAUUAUCUCGGAAUACAGCUCAAAAUGCCUUUGCCUAAAAAUGGCAAGAGUAUUUUAAUGACCCCGGACCCUUAUCACACUCCUGGGUACGGAGGUUUUUGUCCACAGUUUAAAUACCAGAUAGGUGAGACUUUCGGCAAGACCACAUCUAAGUUGCUUAGAAAUGACGCGGUUGCUAGUUCCGGCGAGUUAGUGUUAGCCGAGAUACGGGCCAACUCCGCACCAGCACCCGACACAGACCCAAGGACGGAGCUACUUCGGUCUCGAACACACAGCUGGGGAGAUCAGAAGUUAAUGGAACAAAUGGUACCGGGAUACACAGGCUUCAUACCACGGAGUGAGCAUUUCUUCGGCAAACGUUACGCCGUCAAUUGUAAAGGUGCUAUCUCGGACUUCGAGGGCGACCACAGAAAACAUAAACAAAAUGCUGACGAACUGAGAGUGACAGAGGCUGUACAAUCAGGAAAAAUUGAUAAAACCGCCGUUCCUAACCUCCCUCCAAUACGUAGCAAGUACAUUACUCCAUUGAAGCCAACAGCUGCCGAAGCCAAACCAUACAUCUCUCCCAGUAUGGUAAGAAGUGCCGAGUCACCUUUCUACAUGGCAGACGACAAUGAAAUGAAGAGGUUUAUGUCGGGUUAUACUGGUUUUGUUCCACGUGCGAGACCCCGACUGGGUAUGGGGUAUCCAAUUAUCACCCAUGAUGCCCUGAAUGAAUUCACGUCAGACACAAGUCGCCUGAAGAACCUGCAGACGGAGCCCAUCACCAUACACCGUGCAGAGAACAAAGUACAAGAUUCUAAACUCAUAUAUCCCGUAGAAAGCGGGCUAGUGCCGCACUAUACCGGACACAUACCAGGUCAAAAAUUCCGAUAUGGUGGAACAUUUGGUCACAGUACAGAAAAUGCCAAGCGUCCAGAACUUCGAGCAUCAGUGUGUUAAAUUUUACCAGGAUAAUCUGUUUUCAUUUAAUUUUAUAUUUAAAGGAAAAUCUUCAAUUUUAAUUUCGCGUAUCAAUGUCAAACAGAUCUAUUCAUGCAUUUCCUGCAUGUCGAAAGUCAAAACUUUAAGCUGUCAAGAUUAUAUAUGACAAUUUUGUACAUAACUCGAGCAUUAUAUAUAUUUCUUGUGUGCAAUUUGUUAUUAACAAAUACAUGUACAGAGAUCUGUUGGUCUACUUCUAGAGGUUAUUUUAAUAAUAUUUAUAUAUAUGUAUUUCGAUAACAUCUAUAUAUUUUAAGUCUUGUAAUUAAACGAAAGUGUUAUCAGUAUUAAAAUGUUAUACUUAAAGAAACUCUGGUGCCGAAACAGUAACCUGAAUUAGCAACCUAUGCUGGAGUUAAGAGUGUAAUUUGACUGGGUCUAGGGUUAUAAAACGUUUUAGUUUGAAGACCAGUCUCAAAUUCGAAUAACUAACUUUUUGUUUCUGAAUAGAUCAAUGGUAAUGGUUAUUCGGAGACUGGUCAGUAACCCCAGCCCAUGGUCUAAAAUCUUUCAGUUGAGCAAACUGGAACGUCUUUUGAUAAGAAAAUGGUUAUAAACUUGGUAAAAAUCUUUAGCUGUGUUUGUACAUGUAACAUGUAAGCCAGUUUAUUCAUGCAGGCCACUGUGUGGCACAUAAUACAGGAUUACUUUAAUCAGAUUAACCAAUGGAAAGUUUGAAGCUGCCACCCUUAUUUUUCAAUAUUAGGCAAGUGGAAUUGCCCAAGUUGAAAGAAGGGGGGAGUAUUAACCUUCAUUUAUGUUACUUCAAAUAAUGUUAACAUGUAUGUAUUUAUGCUAUAACAAUUUGUGUAAACUGGUGUCUACAGUUUGUAGACGGUUGCCUUACUUGAACGUUUGUGCUAAAGGGCAGGUGGUAUUUAUACCAAACACGGUGACAUAGAUAAUAAGUUCAGUUAACGUUGUCACAUACCAGAACGUAAUAGAGACAUAUUCCUGUAUAAAUGUGUAUAUUAUACUAGAGUAGAAGGCUGACUGAACAAUGCUCAUUCUCUGUGAUAUGUUUUAUGUUUUGAUUAAAAUGUUCAAACUUAAA